AUGUUAUUAGAAGAUCUUCCAUCAGAAUUAUUACUUGAAAUAUUUUCGUAUCUUCAUCCAUCUGAUCUUUAUACUUCAUUUCUUCCAUUAUCAAAUUCUCGUAUAUCAUAUUUAAUAUCUCGUAUACAUUUGUCUCUUGAUUUAACAUAUACAUCAUAUGCACGUUUUUUACUUAUUUUAACAUAUUGUUCUCCAUCUCAAAUUGUUUUUCUUCGUUUAACAAAUCAAUAUUCACAUGGUUUAUUAAUUAAUGAAUUUUUUUCAUCGGAUUAUUUUCGCCCUGAAAAAUUUCUUCGAUUACGUUCAUUACAUUUAGAUGAUAUUAUUGGUAAUGAAAUUGACUAUCUACCACCUUAUCUAGAAAAAUUACAUAUUAAAUUUCAUAAAAAAGCUAAAUAUGCAAUGAAAUUUUAUCAAUUAGCUCUUCAAUCAACAUCAUUAAAACAAUGUUAUCUUAUUGGUGGUUAUGCAUUUGAUAAUACAACGUGUUCUCACAUAUCAUCAACAACUAUUGAACAACUUCAUAUGGCUAUUAAAAGUUUUCCUAAUGAUUUAAUAGUUUUACUUCAAGCUUUACCAUGUUUGACUAAACUUAAAACUUGUGUCUAUACCCGAUCAUCAGGAAUUCAAUUUUCUUCUCUAUUUACAUCUCCACUGACUCACUUGAAUAUUGAUCUACAAGGCACUGGUGUCACGUUGGCUUUGCUUGAUUCUCAAUUACUUUCUCAUCUACCCCGAUUACAAUCAUUAAUUUAUCAGUCAUAUGGAAAAUCCAAUGAAGCCAUAAAUAAUUUCAUAGAAUUAUCUAGUAAACUUAAGCGUUUUCAAUUUAUUCGAAAAGGUUUAUCAGCUAAUAUUGAUAUUAAACAUAGUGACUUUAACAAUGAUCUUAUUACCGCUGUUCAAGAUAUAACUAAUAAUAAAAAUUCACGUCGAUCAUUAACUUUACAUACUACACCCUAUCCUGAUAAAGUACUUAAUUUACCAUGUGUUCAAUGGAACAAAAUUCACAAUUCAAGUGCUAUUAGUAAACAUAUAUCAGAUGAAGUCUUAUUAAAAGUUGAAAUCAACAUGAAAAUAGCUUCCGAAUAUCGUUUUCGAAAAUCUCCACCAAGACCUCCCCAGACUGAUCGUUUGUUGAAUGAAAUUUAUGAUCGUGUUGAACGAGUUCGAAUAAAUCUAUCUGAAUUUUCUUUUAAUACAAAUACUCCUUCUUGUCGUCAUGUAAAUCAUUUAACAUUAAUUUCAAAUAAUGAAACUAAUCAAUGUAUUAUAUCACCAAAUAUAAUAUCAUCUAUUGUUUGUCUAUCAUCAGUUCGUCAUUUAACUAUAAAUACUCAAACAUCAUUAUUUAAUUUUAAUCAAUUAUUAACUUUAAUGUCUCUUCAUUCACUUGAUAUAGCUUGGUCUCAACUUCGUCCCGAUUUUUUAUUAUCAAAUAUAAAAAUUCUUUCUCUGAUAAGUGAAUGUGUAUCAUGGAAAGAAAUUCAAUAUUUAAUUACUAAUUUAAUACCUCAAUUAGAACAUUUACAAAUGAAUGUAACAACAAGUAAUGAAUGUCGACAAAUUCUUAAUUUUUUAUUAUCACCUAAAUAUAAGAAUAAUUUAAUAUCAAUUAAAAUUUGUAUAUGUCAAACAUUGUCAGAUCAAAUAAAACAAGAUCUUGAACCAAUACUUUUGUCUUCACAAUGGGUUAAAGUUAAAUGGAGAAUGGAUAAUUGGUAUUUAUAUAUAUGGAAAUAA